AGGAAGUGGGGGCCCCACCCCCUAACGUCAGAGGCCGGAAGGGAGCGUUGCUGGGGCACGGGUGUGAGCGAAGGCGACCGCGGGGAGAGGAGAGCGUGUUUCGGCCGAGCACUUUGGAUUUGGCUCCUUCAAUCCCAACAUGGAAGAAACUUACAUCGAUACUCUGGACCCUGAAAAGCUGUUACAAUGCCCCUAUGAUAAAAACCACCAGAUCAGGGCCUGCAGGUUUCCUUAUCACCUUAUCAAGUGCAGAAAGAAUCAUCCUGAUGUCGCAAACAAACUGGCGACUUGUCCCUUCAAUGCUCGCCAUCAGGUUCCUCGGGCUGAAAUCAGUCAUCAUAUCUCAAGCUGUGAUGACAAAAGCUGUAUUGAGCAGGAUGUAGUCAACCAAACCAGGAACCUUGGACAGGAGACUCUGGCUGAGAGCACGUGGCAGUGCCCUCCUUGCGAUGAAGACUGGGAUAAAGAUUUGUGGGAACAGACCAGCACCCCCUUUGUCUGGGGCACAGCCAACUACUGUGGCAACAAUAGCCCUGCAAGCAACAUAGUCAUGGAACAUAAGAGUAACCUGGCUUCAGGCAUGCGCGUUCCCAAGUCUCUGCCAUAUGUUCUGCCAUGGAAAAACAAUGGAAAUGCACAGUAACUGAAUAUUUCAUCAAAUGCCAGACCCUGAAAGACUCUUCUUCCUGCUGUAAUGGGUUCUUCACUUUUUUUUCUCCUAAUCUAAUUAUAGAAAGAUAAACUGUCUGUGACUUUCAAACUGACAAGUACCUUUUUUUUCCCUCCCCCCUUUGAGUCCUUACUCAUUUGAUGCAAGAAAAAAACACUCAUGCUCAGAAGAAAUGUUUCAAGUAAACCAUCAUUGUAGAUAGCUUGAUAAUUUGGUUAAGUGCCUGCAGCCCCAGGAUCAGAAUUCAUAUCCUGUUCUGCAUUAAUGAAACAGAAUCAUCUAAAGUUACCUUAAAGGAUCCAGCUAAAGCAGGCAAGAAAUUUGGAUUGGAAAAAGUAACUGUGUGUUUGUGUUCUCUGACUCACAUGAACCAAAUUCCUUCUAGCAUUUAAAGGAAUGGACCUUUUCUGA